AUGGCAAAUGACACUAAAGCAAUCGUUGAUAGCUUGCACGAAGCAGCUAAAGAUGCGGUGAACACAGUCUAUUCCGAUUGUACCGAGGUUAUAGAACGAUUGCGGGAGCACGAAUCUGACACCAACUGGGACGCUCAACUUGGUGAGAUCAAUACCCUAAAACGCGAAACGGGGGAUCUGUGGGAAAAUAAAAAGCAAUUCGGUCUAGAUCAGAUCGAUAAGCUAUCGGGAGAUGUCGCUGAUACAGCGACCGAGUUGUAUCAGGCGAUGCUUGGUCUGCUUCAGCGCUUUAUAGUGACUGCUGUCAAGUGGUUGCAGCAGGCUCAAGACAAUAAAACGUUCUCGAUUUCGUAG